AUGAGUGAAUGCCCUGUCCACAAACCCGCCAAUAUCGCUGGCAGUGGCACCAGGAACCCUGACUGGUGGCCGGACCAGCUGAAGCUGGGGAUUCUGCGCCAGCAUGGUGAGGCUAGCAACCCCCAUAGCAGUGAUUUUGAGUAUGCAGCCGCCUUCGAGAGUCUCGACUACGAUGCGCUCAAGAAGGACCUGCACAACCUGAUGACCGACUCACAGGAGUGGUGGCCUGCCGACUUUGGUCACUAUGGCGGUCUGUUUAUUCGCAUGGCCUGGCAUAGCGCCGGCACCUACCGCGUGUUUGACGGUCGCGGUGGUGGUGGUCAAGGUCAGCAGCGGUUCGCUCCCCUGAACAGCUGGCCUGAUAACGCCAGUCUGGAUAAGGCACGUCGUCUGCUGUGGCCUAUCAAGCAGAAGUACGGCAGUAAGAUCUCCUGGGCCGACCUGAUGCUGCUGACCGGCAACGUCGCCCUCGAGUCCAUGGGGUUCAAGACCUUUGGGUUCGCUGGCGGUCGCCCGGAUACCUGGGAGGCCGACGACGCAACAUACUGGGGUGGUGAACAUACCUGGUUCCCGUUGCCCGAGGGUAACGACGUGCGUUAUGCCCCCGACACUGAUGCCGACAAGAAGACGCAGAGCGACAUCCGCACGCGGAAACUCGAGGACCCCCUGGCCGCCGUGCACAUGGGUCUGAUCUACGUGAACCCCGAGGGCCCUGAUGGUAAUCCGGACCCUAUCGCUGCCGCUCGCGACAUCCGCACCACAUUUGGCCGUAUGGCGAUGAACGACGAAGAAACCGUCGCUCUGAUUGCCGGCGGGCACACCUUUGGCAAGACCCACGGCGCGGGUCCGGCCGAUAAGGUGGGCCGCGAACCAGAGGCGGCCGAUCUGCACGAGCAAGGGCUGGGCUGGACCAGCACCCAUCGCUCGGGCAAGGGCACUGACAGCAUCACCAGCGGCAUCGAGGUGACAUGGACCAAGACGCCAACGCGGUGGAACAUGGACUACCUGGACUACCUGUUCAAAUUCGAAUGGGAGCUGACUAAGAGUCCUGCCGGCGCCAACCAGUGGACGGCCAAGAACGCGGGUGAAGUCAUCCCAGAUGCGUACGACGCCGGCAAGAAGCACAAGCCCAAGAUGCUGACCACUGAUCUGGCCCUGCGCUAUGACAAGGACUACGAGCGCAUCGCCCGCCACUACCUGAAACAUCCCGACCAGUUCGCCGACGCCUUUUCGCGUGCCUGGUUCAAGCUACUGCACCGCGACAUGGGUCCGCGCGCGCGCUGGCUGGGGCCUGAGGUGCCCAAGGAGAAGCUGCUCUGGGAGGACCCCAUCCCGGCGCCUGACCACCCGCUCAUCGAUAACGAGGACGCGCUGGCUCUGAAGCAUGAGAUCCUGGCGUCCGGAGUCGAGCCGACCAAGUUCAUCACCACCGCCUGGGCGUCCGCGUCCACCUUCCGCGGCAGCGACAAGCGCGGAGGCGCCAAUGGAGCUCGUAUCCGUUUGGCUCCGCAGAAGGACUGGGCGGUGAACAACCCAGCACAGCUACAGGAGGUUCUGCGCGUGUUGGAGGGAAUACAGCGCCAUUUCAACAGCGCGCAGACGGGCAACAAGCGGAUCUCCCUGGCGGACCUGAUUGUGCUGGCCGGAUGCGCUGCCGUCGAGCGUGCCGCCGGCCACCCGGUUCCGUUCACCCCGGGUCGCAUGGACGCGACACAGGAACAGACGGACGUCGAUCAGUUCGAGUACCUUAAGCCCGUGGCGGACGGAUUCCGCAAUUACGGCAAGUCGACGCCGCGGGUGCGCGCAGAGCAGUACCUAGUCGACAAGGCGCAGCUGCUGCAACUGACGCCACCAGAGAUGACGGUGCUGGUGGGUGGGUUGCGCGUGUUGAAUGCCAACUAUGACGGCUCCAACAAGGGAGUGUUCACCAACCGACCGGGCCAGCUGACCAACGACUUCUUCGUGAACCUGCUGGACAUGGGCACGGUGUGGAAGCCGACAGGACCGGACCACGAGCUCUUCGAGGGCUUCGACCGACGCACGGGCGCGAAGAAAUGGACCGGCACGCGUGUGGACCUCGUGUUUGGCUCCCAUGCUGAGCUGCGUGCGUUGGCCGAGGUGUACGGCAGCCACGACGGACAGGCCAAAUUCGUGAAGGACUUUGUGGCGGCUUGGGAUAAGGUGAUGCAGCUGGACCGGUUUGAUGUGGCCUACUCGAGUCUCUCGUCGCGUCCUCGUCUGUAG